UGGGGCCUCUGGGCAAUAGGGGCUCAUGGGGCCCCUGUGUCCUUGCCCAAACUCAAAAAAGCCUAUGAAAAAGGUACCAGGGGCAUCUCAUGGGGCCCCCUACUGACCCGGGCCCUCGGGCAGUGCCCAAGUUUCCAAAUGGUCAGUCCGCCCCUGAUACUGAGUAGUCAGCUAAGAAGUAUCUGUUGUCAUCAUUCUUCUGUAGACAGUUUUUUUGUAAAUGUCAUUUCUUGCUGUAUUCUUAGCUUAUAACCUGAUACAAAUAUUAAAUAUUAAUUUAGCCUGAAAUGUUAUCACUAGAAUUACAAUCAUACCAGGGUA